AUGGCGGACAAGAUGGCAACCUACUCGCCAUCGGACGCCAAAGUCCUGAACGUCGAGCCAAUAAAGCCAGAAGAAGCAAAAUGGAUCAGAUUAAACAAGAUCAAUUACCAGGAUCCGUCUGGUGGGAAGCGAGUCUGGGAGAGUGCUGAGCGACAGACCCGCCGCGCACAUACCGAAGCAGACGGCGUCGGCGUAAUCGCCAUCCUCCAAUUCCCCAACAAGCCCGCCUCACUCCUCCUGCAAAAGCAAUUCCGCCCACCCGUCAACAGAGUCACCAUCGAAGUCCCCAGCGGCUUGAUCGACGAGGGCGAAGACAUCGCCACUGCAGCGCUGCGCGAGCUGAAGGAGGAGACGGGCUAUGUGGGCACGAUCCCGGGCGACGAGGAGGCGAGGAAGGUUGCGGAGGGGUUUUUGAUGUGGAAUGACCCAGGGUUUUGCAAUACUAACACGAAGAUGAUUUUUGUCCAAGUUGACACUGACGCGCCCGAGAAUCGGGAUCCCAAGCCGGAGCUGGAGGAGAAUGAGUAUAUUGAGACAUUUACCCUGCCGCUGGCUACCCUGUGGAUGAUCUGA